GGUCGGGAAGAACUUGCUCAGCUUUUCGUUGAAAGCACACCGCUAUCAGCCCCGGGAGCUUCAGGGUGCAGGCACGAAAGGGUGUUGAGCGGUAUACAAAGCUCUCCAUCCACAUUGGGAGCUCAGCGAGGAAAGGAGGGGGCGAGGAAAGGCAGGUUCCGCCUCCCCCUGGCCCGCGUGCACACACGCGCCCACCGCAGCUCAGGCUGGCUGAGCGCGGGCUAGUGUGAGCGCGUGUGCGCACGCAGUGGAGAGCCUCUGCCCUCGCCUGACACCCUGCUCAGGGCAUCUGGAGACCCUGGAAAACUGAUCAGGCUUAAAGUAUGGCAUGUUGCAAAGAUGGUUUCUGCCAAGAAGGUACCCGCGAUCGCGACGUCCUUCGGGGUCAGUUUCGCUCUCCUGCACAUCCUGUGCCUGGAGGCUUGUUUAAACGAAUCCCCAGGACAGAACCAAAAUGAGGAUAAAUUAUGCCCGGAAAAUUUUACCCGCAUCCUGGACAGUUUACUCGAUGGUUAUGACAACAGGCUGCGUCCUGGAUUUGGGGGUCCAGUCACAGAAGUAAAAACUGACAUAUACGUCACCAGCUUUGGACCUGUUUCUGAUGUUGAAAUGGAAUACACAAUGGACGUGUUCUUCCGACAGACAUGGAUUGACAAAAGACUAAAAUACGACGGGCCCAUUGAAAUUUUGAGAUUGAAUAACAUGAUGGUAACAAAAGUAUGGACCCCUGACACUUUCUUCAGGAAUGGGAAGAAAUCUGUCUCACACAAUAUGACAGCCCCAAAUAAGCUUUUUAGAAUUAUGAGAAAUGGAACUAUUUUAUACACAAUGAGACUCACCAUAAGUGCGGAGUGUCCCAUGAGAUUGGUGGAUUUUCCUAUGGAUGGUCAUGCAUGCCCUUUGAAAUUUGGGAGUUAUGCUUACCCGAAGAGCGAGAUGAUUUAUACCUGGACAAAAGGUCCUGAGAAAUCAGUGGAAGUUCCGAAGGAGUCCUCCAGCUUAGUUCAGUAUGACUUGAUCGGGCAAACUGUAUCAAGUGAAACCAUCAAAUCCAUUACGGGUGAAUAUAUUGUUAUGACAGUUUACUUCCACCUCAGACGGAAGAUGGGUUAUUUUAUGAUUCAGACGUACAUUCCAUGUAUUAUGACAGUGAUUCUUUCGCAAGUUUCCUUCUGGAUAAAUAAGGAAUCAGUUCCAGCUAGGACUGUAUUUGGAAUAACCACAGUCCUCACCAUGACCACACUGAGCAUCAGUGCACGGCAUUCUUUGCCUAAAGUGUCCUAUGCUACUGCCAUGGAUUGGUUCAUAGCUGUCUGCUUUGCUUUUGUAUUUUCUGCCCUUAUCGAGUUUGCUGCUGUCAAUUAUUUUACCAAUGUUCAAAUGGAAAAAGCCAAAAAGAAGAAAUCAAAAGCCCUCCAGGAAAUUCCCGCUGGUCCAGCGCCGAAAGAAAAGCAUCCUGAAGCACCUCUGCAGAACACAAAUGCCAAUCAGAACAUGAGGAAAAGAACAAAUGCCUUGGUUCACUCUGAAUCUGACAUUGGCAUCAAAACCGAGGUAGGAAACCAUUCGAACAGAUCUUCCGUGGUUGUCCAAGGAUCUUCUGAAGCCACAUCGCAGUCUUACUUAGCUUCCAGUCCAAACCCGUUCAGCCAUGCAAAUGCAGCUGAAACUAUAUCUGCUGCAAGAGCACUUCCAUCUUCUUCUUUUUCUACUCCUAGUAGAACUGGGUAUGUGCCCCGGCAAGCUUCAGCUGGAUCUCCUCUUACCCAUCAUGUGUUCGGAUCAAGACUGGGGCGGAUUAAGACCACAGUUAAUACCGUAGGGGCUUCUGGGAAGUUGUCGGCCACCGCUCCUCCCUCUGCUCCACCACCUUCUGGAUCUGGCACAAGUAAAAUAGACAAAUAUGCUCGCAUCCUCUUUCCAGUGACAUUCGGGGCAUUUAACAUGGUAUAUUGGGUUGUUUAUUUAUCUAAGGACACUAUGGAGAAAUCAGAAAGUCUGAUGUAAAUUUUUUGCUAUAGUAGUUUCCUAAAAUAUGAUGAACUUAAUGCAAAAUGUCUUUUUAAAUGUUUUUAAAGAUAAACAAUUAUUCUUUGCUAAAAUAAAAAUGCUAUAUAAUUUUUCCAUUUAAAAAAUUCAAGCCAGUUAUUGGGAGAGUUAAUUAAUUCCUCAGUGAAGAGAAAAUGAGCCAAUUUUCAUUUCAGAAAAUGAUUUAAAUAGAAUCAAUUCUGCAUUCAAAUUAGACAGAAUACAGACCAUCUUGGAAAGUUGAGACAAGAGAAAUAGGGCUAUUAGAAAUAUGUGGUGCAUAUUUAUGCACUGAAAUUUGAAAACAAACUAUGACAUUUUUAAAUAUACACUAUGAAGAUCAACCAACCACCCUAAAUUUCCCAGUGGCAUUGCCCUUAAUCAGAAUUGUUUAGCAGACAUUAUAUCCGGUGACCUUUGGAGACCCUCUUGCCUAGUAUCUGCAAGAAAAGAACUUUUCCCGUUAAAUGAAACAUUCUUAAAAGGAAACUGGAAGAAAACAAAUGCUGACCAAUGGAGUGAAACCUCUGCUUCAUUGAAAAGAAACAGAGGCUAGGGAAAAUAUGUUCCCUGGCACGAUGGCCAAACAAGACUUAACAGUUGACUUGAAAAUUUGUGCUUUGAGCCAAAGUUUAACCCAUUGUAUGAAUUAUUUUGAUAGUUCAUUCAGUUAUGUGUUUUUUCAACAUAUGUUUAUUCAGGGCCUACUGUGUCCCAGACACUAUGCUAGACAUUGUCUCUCUAGGAAAGCUCCUUCAGCAUUACCUGCAAUAUUACUUCGAUAGAACAGUCAGUGCAUGCUAAUGAACCAUAAACUAGCGGAAGCCACUGCAUUCUUUAAUGGAGAAAAAUUAUUUAGAGUCUGUAAACAUAUUUAAAAUAUUUGUCUCCUAUACAGAUAGAGAUAACAGGUAUAUUGUUCACAUAGCCACUUUUGAGAUAAGUACACAUUAGUACAACUUCAGCGAUUGACAUCAAAAUAUAAUGAAAAUGUGGUAUCAAUUUUUCUAAGCGAAAAGCACUUUGUGCCUGAAAGUAGAAUUCUAGGCGCUGUAAGAACUUAUAGAUUACCUGUCUGAAAUGUGAUCAGAAUCACAGAAUCAUGAGAAUUAGGAACUCAAUAUGAAGCCUUUUUAAAUGCUUUUCCCCAACAUAGAUCUGGUGAAAUGUAUUAGCUAGUGAAAUGCUAAACUUCUGGAGAGGUUUUGUGUCCAUAAUUCUGUAUUUCUGGAUGGUUUCAUGUUUAUUUGGGGAAAGGUUUGCACAGUUUCAUAACUAAGGUGAGCUUUUCAGAAUUAAAAGAGCAGUGGCAAAGGAAUGGAGUACAGAAAAAAAAAAAAAAAAACAAAACCCGUAGCCAAGGGGUAGGAUGCCACUAAUUCCAUUAAUACAGUUUAUCAAGAUUUUCAUGUGCUAACUUUUCUUUUUCAUUAGGUAGACAUAACAAGUUAAUUGAAUUUCAGGCAGCUCUCCUAUGCUGCUAAAUCUAGGUUGAUUUUUUGUUGCAUUGCUUCCAGAUUUUUAUUUUAUACUUCUCUCUUUCACCUGGGUUUUGUGGAUGAAUGUGUUCUGGAAGUCUGGGGGAAAAUUUUGAGAGAAAUGGCCACUUUGCAAACAGGAGCUCUUAUUUUUUAGAAAGGCAAUUGUAUUAAUUGGCAUUAGUUUUUCAAUUAUUGAAUUAUUUGGAGUGGUUUUGUCUGAGACCUGUAAUAUGUAUAAAUGCCAAAUAUUGUGAGUCAUAUCUGAGAAUUCCUUCCUGGUCAUCUCUCCAGGUAAUUCCUAGAAUAAUCACAAUUUUAGGGCUGAACUAUGCUUUAAAAAUCACCCAAUCCAAAUCCCUCACUUACAAAUUGACAUCUGUAAUAUGAGGCCCAGUAAAAUUUAUAUAAAUGUAUAUAUUUAAUAAAGAAUAUUUAUACAAAAAGCUUAUCAAACAUUAUCUCAUGAAUGUGAAUAGAUUUCUAGCCUUGAGAACAAUGAUUGAAAUUGUUGUUGGAAGUUAUGAUUGUUCUUUGUUCUAAUGAAAGGACCUUAUUGCUUUGGUGAGGAAUAUACUCCUUGCUUAUUUAUUGGCCAAUUUUUAACAAGUAUUUCAUUGUCUUCAAUUUUUAAAAAUAAAUUCUUCCCUUAUAAAUUUCAUAGAUGUUGAAGGGAUAAAAAUAAAUGAUUUUGGAAUUGUAGACCAGAGAUGCAAAUGAACUCAUAGUAUUUUUCUUACUUUUGUACAUGAAGAAGAUUUUAAGUAAAUCAAGUGACCAAAUAAAGAGAAAGGGAAAAAUUAACCAAGGAUUCUUUUAUUUUUUAAGAUUUUAUUCAUUUAUUAAGGAAGGGAAAAAGAGAGGGAGAAAAACAUCAAUGUUGGUUGCUUCUUGUGUGCGCCCUACAGGGGAUCUGGCCUGCAACCCAGCAAUGUGCCCUCACAGGGAAUAGAACCAGCAACUUUUUGGUUUUCACUCAAUCUACAGAGCCACACCAGCCAGGGCUAGCCAUGGAUUCUUAAUUGUUAAUUUGAAGAAAUUGAGCAGAAAAUCUAACCAUUAGUAGAAAAAGGAAGUAUUUUAUUUGCACCUAAUGUUGUUAGUAAUAAUAAUAAUUCAUAGUUUAUUUUUUCCCCAAUGAAUCCCAUCAAAUUAAUUCAAGGCUAAAUUGUUUCAUAUUUUGGUCAUCAUUUCUAUCUUUCUAAUAACUCAGAGCUACAUUAAUUGUAACACUUGUGAUGGACCUGCAACUUUUCACCCUUAGAAAAUUUCAUUAGAGUUAUGAGAGCUCAAAGUCCUGGCAAUUUGUGAAGAAGAUUCUGGCUGAGAAGACUACCUUUGCAUGUCUCUAUUUUUUUUAAAUAUAUAAUUCAGAAUUGUUUCACUCAGCACCAAGAUCUAUAUUCUAGCUUUCAACUUCAAGUUGGACAAUAAGUGCUAUGUCAUUACUUUUAAUUUCCUCCAGGCAUGACUAGGUAUAAUAAUAUAUUUACAUGAUUAAUCCACAGUUAAAAAUAACUUGCAUUUGUGCAUAUACAGAGUAUUUGAAUAAUGUGUAUUUUAAAUUAGACCUCACCCAUCCUGAAUUGGAGUAGGUAGAGAGUAGUCACCCUCUUUUACAGAAGGAAAUGAAUCAGAGAAAAUUUAGUGACAAAGAUAAGAACUGGAAAGGGUUUAAAGGGUCAUUUUCCCAUCACCCCACUUUAGCAGUGAUUGUGUUUGAAGCAAUACAUAAAAUAAUUCUCAUUUGUUUUAUCCAUGAAUUGAUAAUUCUGUCUGACUUAGGAAAAAAUCCUUACCUUCCAAUGCCCCCUUUUCUAGAUUUGUGAAUACCCUCUAAGGGAAAAGCACCAGGUGGAGAAAUGAGUGACCUGACUUCAAGUUCUGACACCCGCUAGUGUGGUUUUAGAUGAGACAUUUAAACUCCCUAGGCUUCGUUUCCUACUUAUAACAGGAAAGUGGGAUGAGAAAAUAUCUAAGAUUUCUUUCCAUUUUAAUAUUCUCUGGUCCUCAUGUAGCCUAAAUACAAGCAUAUGGAACAGAUACACUGGAUAGUUUGUGCCACAAACAGAUAUUUACGGAGGUAAAACUGAGUUUAGUGCCAUUGCUUAAUUACUUUUAGCUCAAGGCUCGCCUCAAAUUAAUGUUUUCUUAAAUAACAUUUCUCCACUUAGAUAUUUUCUUCCUUGUGAAAGACUUUGUUCCUUAAAGACUGAAGAAUUUUGAUUCUUUUUCUUUUUCUUGUUUGGUUUUUAUUCAUCUUUCCUAGAUGGGCUCCUGGUUAAUGUUGGACACCGUACUGAUGUUUAGAUGUACAAAGGAAACAAAACCGUUUUAUUUCCUUAUAGGUGGUCACAGCCAGGUAGUGAUGGUAGAUGUGUGGACAAGUCACUGUGGAGUGUAGUAAGUGAUAACAGCAGUAUAUAGUAUAGACCUGAGACUAGGGUGAUAUGAAUGAGCACUAACCUCAGGCACAAAAAUAUUUGAGGCAC